CGAAGCGGCGGAAGCCUCAUGGCGCCCUGAAAAAGGAGGAAGGUUGGCCGCGGAGGCCCCCUGGCGGUUAGGAGCAGGACCGACGGUUAGGGGCCCCUGGUGGACGGGAGGAUGUGUUGCGGCGGAGGCGAUAGUCCUCCAGAGCUGACCCAAUGUGCGCCGGGAAGACACGCCCAAGAUGGCGGCAGGAUUGAAAAGUUGCUUUCGGCGGUGUGCGAUCUGACCGGGGUGGGUAGGGAGAGUGUGGUUGAGGGAAGUUUGUGUCCAGCCCACACAACGAAUGGGCGGCUAGGCCCGGGAUUGGAGUGGUUGUCCGAUGUCGCUGCCGUAAUGUCAUUGUGGGCGGGAGUCGGUUCUUUUUCCGCCGUUACCCUGGUUGUAAGGAGUUACCGCUGGUUCUUCAGCUAGAAAUGGAGGAUGAUGCGAAGAAAGGUAAAAAGGACACGCUUGGAAUCCAUGUUGAGGGCUGGAAGAGAAACACACUUUUCUGGCUGAAAAUAACUACAGUGCCUGGAAUCGUGUCACCAUUUAAGCGUGUUUUCCUGAAAGGAGAGAAGGGGCGUGAUAAGAAGGCACAAGAAAAGGUUACAGAACGAAGACCAUUGCAUACGGUUACCCUGGCCUUACCGGAUCAUAGAGUUGACCCAGAGAUUCUGUUAAACGAUUACAUUGAAAAAGAAGUAAAGUAUUUAGGGCAACUGACUUCAGUGCCUGGGUACCUGAAUCCAUCCAGUCGAACUGAGAUAUUGCACUUGUUAGAUGAUGCAAGGAGGGCACGUCAGCUUCCAGGACCACUCUCAACAGAACAAGAUGCUGUGAUUAGUGUGUCCGCAUAUAAUGUUAAAUUGGUGUGGCGAGAUGGCGAAGACAUUAUCCUCAGAGUUCCAAUCCAUGACAUUGCAGCAGUCUCUUACAUCAGAGAUGAUUCCCUUCACCUGGUCAUUUUUAAAACUGCCAAUGAAUCCGGGAAUUCAACCAAUCAAAGCACUGAAGGUUCAACUAAAAUACAGAUGUCUGUGUCAGAAAGUGGAGCAGGAACCAUGGAAGCGUGUAGUCUGGUGGUUGUCGUUGUUGAGAAUAAAGCAGCUGCAGAAGAACUCUGUUCUCUUCUUAGUCAAGUCUUCCAAGUUGUUUACACAGAGUCCACAAUAGACUUUUUGGACAGAGCAAUAUUUGAUGGUGCUUCUACCCCAACUAAGCACAUGUCUAUAUACAGUGAUGAUUCAAGUAAAGCAGAUGUUAAAGAGCAGUACGACGCAGAAAUUAGUAACUUGUCUUACCAGGGUUCAGAUACGGGAGGAAAUUCACCAUCCUCAACUCUACCAUCACCUCAGAUCAAAAAUAUUAGUGACAGUGAGCUCAGUACUUCUGCAGCUGAAUUGCUUCAGGAUUACAUGAUGACACUGAGGACAAAGUUGACCUCUGAAGAAAUCCAGAAGUUUGCAACACUUUUACAUGAAUAUCGAAAUGGUGCCUCAAUUCAUGAGUUUUGCAUCAGUCUUCGACAGUUGUAUGGCGACGGUAGGAAGUUUCUUUUGCUUGGACUCCGACCUUUCAUUCCAGAAAAAGACAGCUUACAUUUUGAAAAUUUUCUAGAAACUAUUGGUGUCAAGGAUGGAAGGGGCAUUAUAACAGACAGUUUUGGCCGAUACAGAAGGACUUUGAGUAAUGCGUCCAAUUCUACUACAAAUGGCAAUGGAGCAACUGCAGGCUCAGAUGAUCAGUCCGUGCCUUCUGAGGGUGAUGAAUGGGAUAGAAUGAUCUCUGAUAUUAGUCAUGAUAUAGAGGCCCUUGGUUGCAGUAUGGACCACGAUUCGUCUUGAAAUAAAGUUUGCACAUCCUGUUAAUAGCCGUCAAACUUCUUUCUUAUACCGACGCGUUCUUAAAUGAAGUUUACUACAAUGUGAAUAUUUAAAUUAAUUGUUAAAACAUUUCUGCAAAUGAAGAACAAGAAGAAAUCAGGCCAUAUCUUUUUUAAAUUGUUGAAAAAACUGCUUAUUUGUAUUCAAACAUUUUUGUGACAAAGCAAAUACCUGUUAGGCUUGUGUGUUCCAGUUGUGAGCAAGACUUUCCUUGUCAUAUCACAUGGUUUUGUAUCUCAACUGCACACUGUUACAUAUUGCAGUAUACUGUGAUGUCAGAGAUGAUUUGAUUCAAUUCUGGGCACGUUUUUCAUUUUCAACCGUUCCACAAAGUUGAAAUUUCAGUGUCCCAUUUCUGUUCUAUGGUGUUGCAACAUGAGGUUAUGUCUGGUGCUAGCAAAUAAUACUGCACAGUUUGAAUUCCUGUGAAUCUUGGCUGCAUGUUCAAAUGUAGCAGCUGAAAUAGACCAAACUAGGCAACACAUUUCCAUUUUUCUCAUCGGAGGUCCAGAAAAGCUGGUAUGUGAUUGUGAAAGUUAAGUUUGCAUAUAGUUAGAGUGCAUUAUUAUGAUUACAAAUGGUGAAGACAAUUCAAGUAAUUGGCUUUUUUUAAGAACAGAACCACGCUGCAGAUUUUGUUCUGCUUUCAUCUGGUUGCUUUAAGAAUUCCUGCAAAUGUCUGCUAUUCCUGCAAUAGCCAUGGUCUGCUUCCAUUUUCAGAUAAGGGAAAGCAUUAUCAUAUCAGUUAAACUUGUAGACUUUUAUACAAAGUUUUAAUGUUCUGCUGAACUGAACAGUAAGGUGCACCAUAAUGGUGUGUCUGUAUAUUGAUACUUUUUAAAAUGUCCUUUCUAUUUCUGCACACCCAAUGCAAGUAUUUUUAAAUUUAAAUUCUAAUUAACAAUAAGGGCUGUUUAAUCAUGGCCCAUUCAAAUUUUUCAUGUAAUGUGCUGUAUUUACUCUCCAAUUUAAUGAGAUUAAAAGGAAGAGAGAUAUUCAUGAAACUUGAGAUGCAACUUCAAACUUGGAUAAUUGCCCAUUUGAAUGCUGUAUUUAUACUGCAUUUAAACAACUCUUAAAUAGUGUAUUUGCUUAUUGGCAUGACUCAACAUUUUACCAAUAGAUGUACUGUACUGUAUUGUAUGUGACCACGUGCAGUGGGUAGAAUGUAUGAAUAUGCAUAGCAUGUGGAAACAAAAAAACCUCAAGAUCAAUCUAAAAGAAUGGAUCUGCUAUAACUGCCAGUAUAAUGAUCUUUGGAGCCACUAACUUUUUCAUGAUGAUGUAUUGUUAGAUGCUUCAAUGUCCCAUUCAUUUAGUUUAUAGGGAAGUAACUUGGUAACAGUGCUUCAAGUGAUUUGAUUUUAUGCUUGGGUUGUAAACCUAGAUGUAAUUGUUAUACUCUAGCAAUAUGUGUUAAAUCUACUUCAGUAUCCCUUAAAUAUUUGUGUUGUGAAUUCAGAUAUUAAUGAGUUGAAAACCACUGGCAUUGUACUGGCAGACUGCAUGGUGGGUUUCCAGUUCGAAUGCUCAGUUAAUUGUAUGUACCUAAGAAAGUGAUCGUGUGUACCAUGUCAUUGUGGUGAUUGUCUUAUCCUAAAUAUUAGGAUGGAGGUGGAGUAAAAUACAACUAUGUAUCAGUGAAAUAUUUUGAGUACAAGAUGAUGUAAAUGUUUGAAUUUUUCAGGUACAAGGAGUGGGUGGGAUUUUGAGCUGCCCUCUUUGGAUAUGCAUAUUAGAUAUUAUUUUCUGCAUCACUUGUCAUUGAUUAUGCUUGGGUGUUUUGUUACACUUCCCCAUUUGACUGAAGUUAGUUAUUCUGUUUUCCUCUGGCCUGUUCAGAAAUUUGCCCACUUUGUGUACAAAUGUGUACAAUUUUUUGCUGUGAGUUAUCAUUUUACACUGUAUAGAAUAUCUGCAAAAGCAAUUCAAGUUUGUGGCACUUAAGGACUUGUGCAUGUUUUGUAAUGUGUUACCUUUUUCAAACUGCAGACUGAAUUCUGGCAGAGAAUGAAUGGAUAUCUGUUCUGAACAACUAAUUGGGGUGUUACUGAAGUGCAGUCUGCUGUUGUUCCAAUGGUCAACUACUUGCAAUUAUUCUCGAUCACAGCCCAGAAGCUCAGAAUACAGCACUGCUAAGGCUGAGAUUCCAAUUCCAGUUUGAAUGGAUGAAAAAGUAAUCUAACCGUGUGAGGUACUACAGUCACUUCUGUCAUUUGACUUGGAUAUCAGUAGUGCAGCAUCAUUUCAAUUUCAUUGAUUGGCUUGUUCAAACAAUGAACCCUUUAGCUUGGGCUAUGGUGUAAGAGUUGAAUGUCAAGCUUAAUACUUUUUUUUGACUCCCAGCAUAGGUAAUAAAUCAUUUUCUGUUGGUAUCCUGAUGUCACUGAAAUCGUUUGAACAUUUGAGGUGGACAAGGAUGACGUGCAAGUUGAUAACUUUGAAUGCAGGACAUGUUAGUCCUUUGAUCCAUUCUGCAUGGGUGUUUUUUUUUUGUAAUAAAUAUAACUAAUUAAUUUCAGGAUGUCUGGAGAGGUGUGUGUGAUGGUGAGGUGAGAGUGGAACAACUCUGUCCAGAUUUUUAUUGUAAGUUUAACUGUUUUGCUUCAAAUGUAGCAGUAUUAUAAUUGUGAUAAAGUUAUAGGAUAGCACAGUAAAACAGCACAUUUCCUAUAAUAUUUAUUCCUGAUGCCUGUUAAAAGGCAUGAUUUCAGAACUGAACUGAUCUUUGCAGGGUAUUUGGGGACAGCAGUACACUUCACACUUGCAAAUAUAAAAUAGAUAAUUGGUCAGUGAGGCGUGUUAUUGCAAUAAUUUGAAUUUUAUUUCGUACAAAUUUGCUUUCAAUAUCCAUUAUUUGCUUAAUACCAAUUCUGGCCAUGUUUGCCAAAAAUAUUAAUCUGGCCAAUGUAAUUCCCUGACCAUAGGGACUAUAACUGUCUUUAACACAAAUAUCAGAGCUGUAAUAUUCCACUCUAGGUCAAAUGCGUAUUUAUUUUGGGGUCUAUUUAUGUCCAUUCUGUUUUAAUAAAGGAGACUUUGCAUCAUU